AUAACAAUUGAAAUAGUUAAAAAAUUAAUUUUCCGUAUACCAAAGAAGCUCCUAACCAGCCAAAACUCGCCAACAUAUUCUAUUAUAAACCAAUCGUCGUCCAAGCGCAAACGAAAAGGGGAGGAAUCAGGCAAAUUGAACUCUGCAAAAAUGGUUUGCUUGGCGUGUUUGUUACCACUCUUCCUUGUGCCGAUCGUCAAUUUAUUGCCUGUCCUCUUCGAUCUGAUCAUGGCAAAGGUCUAUAGUUUAUUCGGGUGGGAAUAUCGGAAGCCAGCGAGAGUUCCCCCUGCUUGUCCAUAUAAACCCUCUGCGAAUAAGACCUCUAUCAACAAUUCGGUUGCAGGAGAACAGAACAUUGUACCCCCAGAUCCUUCAAAAAAAUCUGUAGGAGUGGAUGAUGUCAAGCAAGAUUGAAGUUUGGAGUUUCCUGUGUAUGAACAUUUAAGGAAAAUAUUAUGUAGAUUUUCCUUUGGAAACUGAAAAGGAGAAAAAGAAAAAGAAAAACGAAUUGAUGGAAUGCCAUAAGCAUAAAGUAUAUGGAUGUUCUUAGAUUGCUUUAAUCAAUGAAGUUUAUUGAGAUUUGACUGAUGCAAGAAAAAUUGAUCUGUGCUUUCUUCC